GGCCCCGCCGGACCGGAAGGCGAGUCCCGGCCGGUCCCGCGGAACCCCGGGCGCGCGGCGUUUCCCGUCCGCCGCCGCCGGCUCCGCCGCGCUUCCGCUUCCGCUUCCGGCCAUGCGGUUCCGAGCCAGGAUCGGGGAUGCGGCGUGUCUGAGCCAUUUCACGCGGGUCAGUAACAUGAUCGCCAAGCUGGCCAAGACCUGCACGCUUCGCAUCAGCCCUGAGAAGCUGAACUUCAUCAUCUGGGAUCAGGUGGCCAGCGGGGGAGUGAGCAUGUGGUGUGAACUGCAGCAGGAGAACUUCUUCAGCGAAUUUCAGAUGGAAGGUGUCUCAGCAGAAAAUAAUGAAAUUUAUUUAGAACUGACAUCAGAAAACUUAUCUCGAGCCUUGAAAACUGCUCAGAACGCUAGAGGCUUGAAAAUAAAACUGACCAAUAAACACUUCCCCUGCCUUACGGUCUCUAUAGAAUUGAUAUCGGCAUUAAAUAGUAGUCGCAUUGUGACACAUGACAUUCCCAUAAAGGUUAUUCCUAGAAAAUUGUGGAGGGAUUUACAAGAACCUACAAUCCCAGCCUCUGAUGUUAGCAUUUAUUUACCAGUCCUGAAGAUUAUGAAGAGUGUUGUGGAAAAAAUGAAAAACAUUAGCAAUCACCUUAUUAUUGAAGCAAAUCUAAAUGGAGAGUUGAACUUGAAAAUAGAAACCAACCUUGUGUGUGUUACAACUCAUUUUAAAGAUCUUGGAAACCCUCCAUUAGCCUCUGAAAACAGAUCUCAAGAUAGAAAUCCAGAACAAAUGGCUGAAGUGCACAUAGACAUUAAGAAGCUCCUACAACUUCUUGCUGGACAACAAGUAAAUCCGACGAAGGCUAUCUGCAAUAUUGUGAAAAACAAGAUUGUUCAUUUUGACUUGCUCCAUGAAGAUGUGUCCUUGCAGUACUUCAUCCCUGCUUUGUCAUAGAAACAAGUUAUAUAUGCGGGACCUCGGGGGCCUCUGUCAGAUCCUGGAAAAGCAGCAGGGGGAUGUGCCCUAAGUCACUUGUGUUUUUAUGGCAGCGUAAAUCCUGUACAUAUCACUUAUCUUGCCAUUGUAAAACAAUUUUUGUUUUUGUUUUUGUUUUGGGGUUCCAUCCAGCACUGCUCAGGACUUACUCCAGGCUCUGGUCUCAGGGAUUCUGGCAGUGCUCAGGGGAGCAUAUGCAGUGUCAGAGACUGAACAGGGGAUUGACCAUUUGCAGGACAAGUUUGCCUUACUCACUUUCUGGCCUACUGGUAAAAUAUUUUAACUAAAAAUAGUGAAGCACAGUUGGAUAAAAUGUAUUACUUCACAUAUCUUGUAUAUUUCUCAUGUAUUUUGUUUUGUAAAAUAUUGAAAGAAAGAUAGAAUCUGGAUUUUAAAUAGCACUUUUAAUUGAAGUUAUAAAAAAUGUUCCUAUAUUUAGAAUUAGUGUGGUAAUAAAAAUUUGCAAAAGUA